AUGAUGCCUCGAAGGUCAAAUCGUCCAAGGCAGACGAGACUUAAUUUCGAGCCCGCGGCAUCCUCAGCGCAGAAAUCAGAAGCCUUCGUGAGGAUCGAUCCGAAUUCUAGCCCAGCUAAGAAGAGAAAGACAAGACUUGACUCUCCACCUGCCUCGAGCGCUGCUCCUCUGACAUCAUCACCUUCAAACAGUCAGCUCAAAGUAGUGGUCAACUCUACAGCAAAAAGAACCACUCAGCUACCAACUCCUGCGCCCUCGUCUCAGGUUGUCGCCGAUGAGAGACAAUUAGAUGACGGAAACGAGAUCGAAGACGGGCUCCUUCAGCGCGGGUCUAGAUCAGAAGCCAAUAAAGGUGUUCAAGCGAUCAUUCCAAGUGACGACGAGGACGUUAUACCAAAAAGUGCAGGGAAAAGGCGCCCAACUACUAUCCUACUAAGCAGUGAAAGUGAUGCAUCGGAGCCCAUCACACCAUCUUCACGGCGUACCAAGAAAUGUGUCUCUAGGACGCCCUCAACACCAUUGAGUGAUAGAGCAAGUCCGGUGAAGCCACGCGGCGCUAGAAGUUUUAUCCUUGGGGGCUCAAGUGGAACAGCAGCGAUACCACAUGGGCAGCCCCGUAGUAGUUUCGGUUCGUCCAAGAGGCCGCGUUUCAAGAUUCAAAAACCAAUCGCGAUUGGUAGUUCUAUUAGUAGCUCUGAAGAGGAUGAUCUAGUAAAUGACUCCCCAAAAAGGACUUUAAGAUCAACCGCCAAACAGCCCGAUACAAGGCCAUCACCUAAUAAGCCGGACCUUAGUUGGGAUUUCUCGGGAUCCGAGCAAUCUGAACAUGUUAAUGGUACAGCAGAGAAGCAAAAGAGAGGCGAGCAGUCUACCUCCAGGAAAGAUCUCAAGCACUCCCAAGCUACUCAGGUUGAAAGCCAAGAGUCAAGCAUUUCAGAUAGUAUUAAAUCACCAAGUAGCAAUACAAAGAGGAAACAGCGGCUUGCUAAGUCUCGUACCGAAAAUUUUGACGAACUGGAACUCGAGGCGGAUCUUGCAGAUCUGAAAGACACUGAAACGCGCCGAACUCGGACACGUGGGAAAACUCAAGCUUCAGCGCGAGAUAAACGACUGAACAAAUUGGAAGAACUGAAACGUCGCAGGUCUGGCAUUGUAGAGAUUAAUGAGGAUGACUCGGCAAAGGAUGACAGUUUUCUACUUGGAGAUACCGAACCUGACUACGACAACGAAGACUUGGAUGAGUACGAGGCAGACUUCAUACAGGAUGAGGGUGAGGAUGAGACUCUUGGAGUCAAUCUAGCAAAGGGUGGAGUACCAUUGCAUCUGACUCGUUUUGCAAAUCUCAAGCCAAUUGAGUACUUCAAGUACGAAGUUGAAUGGAUGAUACACAACAAGUUGGAUCCAGCCUUUGAGCGUCAUGACGAAAUUUACGAGAUGUCUCACAGAAAACUGGAUGAUGAGGUCAAAGGUCACGCAGGCUCAACUUACAAGUCAGCUGCUUGGGGUCAAGAAUUCGCAGAUGCCCUUACGAGCCGGCCAGAGAUCUUUGUGGUAGAAAUCCCGGCUAUGCUCGAACACGACUGCGACGCUUGCAAUCGUUCUGGUCACCCGCCCAAGUACCAAGUGACUUUGAGAGGCCACAAAUACGAUAAGGAGAGCCUGGAGAAAGUUUCGAAUGACGACUCGGAGGAUGAGACUCAAGAGAGAGACGGUUCUGACGAGGAUGAACCGCAAGAAGUUCUUUUUCUUGGGCAGGUUUUUGAAGGCUAUACUAGCACCGAAAAGCUUAUUGCGCGAGAGAGUUGGAACCGUAAGAAGAAAGAAAAAUUGGCUAACAAGAUCGUUGACGGCAUGGUAGAAGAAGGCGAGAUGAAGGAUCUCUAUCGACAAUUCAAGCAAAACUUGGAUUUUGUGAGGUCUGAUAAGGUGCGUUAA